AUGCUCCGUACCACCGUCUCCAAGCUCGCUCGCCCUACCGUUUCCCGGGCCUUUGCGACGACCUCCCGCGCUUUCGCCGGUGAGACCGGUGCUCCCCCCAAGACCGGCGGCCAGGGUGACGCUUUCCAGCGCCGCGAGAAGGCCAACGAGGACUUUGCCAUCCGCCAGCGCGAGAAGGAGAAGCUCCUCGAGCUCAAGAAGAAGCUUAGCGAGCAGCAGAAGCACCUCCAGACUCUUUCUGAUCACAUUGACGAGAUCACCAAGGAGCAGGGCGGCGAGCGCAACUAA